AUGCUAACAUCAUUGACUAUGCCAGAGGUAUAUAUAAGUGCCUGUGGGGCUCAGCACUUCACCGAAAAGAGCGCAAAUGCCGGAUUGGACAGGGCUAUGCCGGGCGAUGUGGUUGUGUACAUACCCCAGGAUAAGUUGAAUGGUGAUAUGGUUAUGCCUGCCAGCCUAACAGCCAUCGGUUCAGAUGCGUUCCCUAACCCGCAGGGCUCAAACGCUUGCGUUGCGUUGACCGUGGCUUCAACAUCGGAACAUUGGCCAUGCCGUUAUGUUGGAGCUUCUUCACGGGAUAUCAGUCUAGCUAGAACAAUGAUGUGA